AACACCUCUGUUACUGUGUUGUAGGAUGACUCACUGGUUGUGUGGAAGGAAGUUGAUUUGACCCGACUGUCUGAGAAGGAACGUCGUGAUGCCUUGAACGAGAUCGUUAUUCUGGCCCUGCUGCAGCAUGACAACAUUAUCGCCUACUACAACCACUUCGUGGACAACACCACCCUGCUGAUUGAGCUGGAGUACUGCAAUGGAGGGAACCUGUAUGACAAAAUCCUUCGUCAGAAGGACAAAUUGUUUGAGGAAGAGAUGGUGGUGUGGUACCUUUUUCAGAUUGUUUCAGCAGUGAGCUGCAUCCAUAAAGCUGGCAUCCUGCACAGAGACAUAAAGACAUUAAAUAUUUUUCUGACCAAGGCAAACCUGAUAAAACUUGGAGAUUAUGGUCUAGCAAAAAAACUUAAUUCUGAAUAUUCUAUGGCUGAGACGCUUGUGGGAACCCCAUAUUACAUGUCUCCAGAGCUGUGCCAAGGAGUAAAAUAUAAUUUCAAGUCCGACAUCUGGGCUGUAGGCUGUGUCAUCUUUGAACUGCUUACGUUGAAGAGAACAUUUGAUGCUACUAAUCCACUCAACUUGUGCGUGAAGAUUGUGCAAGGAAUCCGGGCCAUGGAAGUGGAUUCUAGCCAGUACUCCUUGGAACUGAUCCAGAUGGUGCACGAGUGCCUCGACCAGAAUCCCGAGCAGAGGCCUACUGCAGAUGAGCUUUUGGAUCGCCCCCUUCUCAGGAAACGCAGGAGAGAGAUGGAGAAGAAAGUCACUCUGCUUAAUGCACCUACGAAGAGACCAAGGUCAAGCGCCGUGACUGAAGCACCCAUUGCUGUGGUAACAUCACGAACCAGUGAAGUCUAUGUUUGGGGUGGAGGGAAAUCCACCCCCCAGAAACUGGAUGUCAUCAGGAGUGGCUGUAGUGCUCGGCAGGUGUGCGCAGGGAAUACUCACUUUGCUGUGGUCACAGUGGAGAAGGAGCUGUACACUUGGGUGAACAUGCAAGGGGGCACGAAGCUCCACGGCCAGCUGGGCCAUGGGGACAAGGCUUCCUACCGACAGCCGAAGCAUGUGGAAAAGCUGCAAGGCAAGGCCAUCCGGCAGGUGUCAUGUGGGGAUGACUUCACGGUGUGCGUGACAGAUGAGGGUCAGCUCUAUGCGUUUGGAUCAGAUUAUUAUGGUUGCAUUGGGGUAGAUAAGGUUGCUGGCCCUGAGGUGCUGGAGCCUGUGCAGCUGGAUUUCUUCCUCAGCAAUCCAGUGGAGCAGGUCUCCUGUGGGGACAAUCACGUGGUGGUCCUGACGCGGAACAAGGAGGUAUACGCGUGGGGCUGCGGUGAAUACGGACGGCUGGGUUUGGAUUCAGAAGAGGAUCAUUGUCUACCACAAAGGGUUGAUGUUCCCAAGGCUUUGAUUAUUGUUGCAGUUCAGUGUGGCUCUGAUGGGACCUUUCUGCUGACACAGUCAGGCAAAGUGCUGGCCUGUGGGCUCAAUGAGUUCAACAAACUGGGUCUGAAUCAGUGCACGUCGGGGAUUAUCAACCAUGAAGCAUACCACGAAGUCCCCUCUGCGGCCUCCUUCACCUGGGCCAAGCAGUUGUCCUUUUACAAAAUCCGUGCCAUUGCCCCAGGCAAGACCCAUACAGCUGCUAUUGAUGAGCGAGGCCGUCUGCUGACGUUUGGCUGCAACAAGUGUGGGCAGCUGGGUGUUGGGAAUUACAAGAAGCGCCUGGGAAUCAACCUGUUGGGAGGACCCCUCGGCGGGAAGCAGGUGAUCAGGGUCUCCUGUGGUGAUGAGUUCACCAUCGCUGCCACGGAUGAUAACCACAUUUUUGCCUGGGGCAAUGGUGGUAAUGGCCGCCUGGCCAUGACCCCCACCGAGAGACCGCAUGGUUCUGAUAUCUGUACCUCGUGGCCGCGGCCUAUUUUUGGAUCUCUGCAUCAUGUCCCAGACCUGUCUUGCCGUGGCUGGCACACCAUUCUCAUUGUUGAGAAAGUACUGAAUUCUAAGACCAUCCGUUCUAAUAGCAGUGGCCUCUCCAUUGGAACUGUGGUCCAGGGCUCUAGCCCAGGAGGCGGGGGCGGCGGCGGCGGUGAGGACGAGGACAGUCGGCAGAAGUUUGAAACUCCUGAUCCAAGUGGAGGCUUUCGAGGAACAAUGGAAGCAGACCAAAGAAUAGACGGUGUUCUCGAUGUCCUAGAGAUCGUGAACACUCCUGUCGAGGCCAGCACCUCCUGCCCCGGCUGGCUUCAGAAGGAGCUGGAAAAUGCAGAAUUCAUCCCCAUGCCAGAUGGCUUGUCCCCCAUAAGUGGAGCAUUUUCUGAACCUGAGAAAGAUACCCUGCCCUACGAAGGGCUGCAAGGACUCAAAGUACCCUCUGGAGUGCCUGUGGAGUCCGAGCCCCCUGCAGGAGCCUGGCGGCCCCGACUGACUCCUGCACCGCAACAUGCCAGGAAGGAAGCACCGUUGCCUCCUCCUGCCUGUGCGUGUAGCACUCUGCAGCUGGAGGUGGAGAGACUGCAGGCUCUGGUGUUGAAGUGUCUGGCUGAACAGCAGAAGCUACAGCAAGAAAACCUCCAGAUCUUUACGCAGCUACACAAGCUGAGUACGAGAUUAGAAGGGGGGCAGCAGGUGGGGGUGCAUUCCAGAGGAACUCAGACAGCUAAGGAAGAGAUGGAAGAGGAUCCUAAACCUGACUUAGAUGCAGAUUCCUCCUGGUGCCUCCUGGGAACAGAGUCUUGUCGACCCAGCCUCUAGUCUUCUGAGCCUGCAGAGCCCCUAGGAAGCUGGGAGCCAUCGAACUUCACAGCACACUUAAGAAUGCAGAGCGCAGCUUUCCUGGCUUUGUUCACUUGCAGACGAGGAGCGUACAGCAGAGGCGCUGAAGCACUUUCCUUGUACGUUUGGAGAGUGGCUUUGCCUUUUAGAUAGGAUCUAGAGAAAUUUUUCUUGUUUUGGAGAAUGGAAGUGCCUGUAGCCCUGGCUUGGUCAUCAGCGACGGCCAUACAGCAGCAGCUCUGUUCCUCAUCUGUUGGUCUCACCUUUGAGGAAGAGACAGUGCUCACUUUAACUGCGCUGGUAGCAACUCAUAAUCCCAUUUAUCAGUCCCACCAUUGAUCUUAAGCUGCCUUGGAGAGUCACCACCAGGCAUCAUAGCUCGAGGUGAGGAGGGAACGUGUAGAACGAGGGGCUGAGAUCGGGCACGGCCUGCCCAAGACCCUCUGGAGAGUGGCAAAGUAUUCUGAGCCUUCUCAGGACCCCGAGUUCAGGAAAAUCUGUCUGGUAGAAUCAAUCUAGGGUGUGUUUUCAGAGAGUUCAGUUACUUCAUGCAGCAAAAUGCUUUAGGGGAAAAAGCCAGUUUAAAUUGCUUUUCCUCUGAAGGCUGAUGAUAUGUCUUUAAUGAAAAGUGGAGGAAGAACAGUUUCAUCCUCAGCACAGUGGCCAGUGCAGGAUGGGAGUUCACAGCUCUGAAAAGCGCCUCUGAAGAAAGAAGGCGUGUCUCAGAGGAUUGAGUCAGGCACCUUAGGCAGGGUCUUAGGAAACAUCGAGAAGGAGAGGUGUGCCUCUUUCAUUGCUUCUUCCUGGCUGGGUACCGUGUGUUUCCUGCCCUAAGAGGGCUUCUUGUGCCUCCGUCUUCGUGGCUCUUAGGAGUUGAAUCUUGACAUCAGCAGCCCCAGCCCCUCCUUAUUUCUCUCCUGGUGUUUUUUUGAAGCCAUGUUAUAAUGAGUGAAUCUAUCUGAGCUUUCCUACUCGAGUGUCCCAAAGCCAGCAUUGAACCCUGGGGGUCCUGGAACCCUAACAGAACAGGUAGGUCCUGCCAAGUGAAAGGAAUUUGCCUGCAGACCCACUUCCCUCCCCGCUGUCCCCAUCUUUUGGAAAAGGGUUUCACUGUGCAGUUCAGGGUGGCUUUGAGUUCAUAUGUA